UGUCUGUUGUCAGAUUGUGCACUUGAAGAAUUGGCAGCAGCCCAUACAAUGUAUUCUGCUCCUCAACUACAACUUUACUAGGCUAAGUGGAAUAAACCGUUUAAGGACGGUGCAUAAAAGUUUCUAUGCUUUUUCACACAGGAAAACAAAAAACGUAUUUUGUUAUUAGUUAGGGACAACUUCACUAUCAUCACAAAAGAAAGUAGCUGACUAGCUAGCGAGUGUGCUAAAUCAAAAUAUUUGCCUACAAACUUUUAUUUUUGACGGCUAAGUUGGACGAAAACUUUUGAUGGGGUAUCAGCUGUAGGUAAACGCUGGAGUUUGCGAGGUCGGUGGACUUUUUAAAGGCUUUUGAAAGCACAAAGCGACUGUGGGAAUGUCGUGUCGGAGUGGGAUGGCCCGGGUGGGUAAUCAAGGACUGCAGCCCGUCCGAGCCACGGUCCCGUUUCAGCUCCAGAACCGAGCAGCACCUCGCUGCAAAGACAACAAAGCAGCCGAGUACAAGACGAAGGGUCGCCCGCCGAAGCCAACUUUGCGACGGACACUGUCUCUGGACACUCUGGUGGGACCGUACCUUCAGGGCACCUGGCCUAGAGACCCCGAGUGUCAGCCAUUUACCUGUGUCAAUGACAAGGCCACACAGACUCCCAGUUCCUGGAUAGAGGAGACACGGGGGCGGAGAGGAGGUGGUGGUCAUAAGCGCUCGGCAUCAUGGGGUAGCGCUGAACACCUCAGAGAGGUUGCUAAGCUCCGUCAGUCCUUGCAGAAACGCUCCAGACAUGCACCUCCUGCCAUGGACUGUGACCACACACACCAGCAUGUUCACAGCAGCCAGACACGCACGCCUGGAAGUACACAGACGGUGCCUCUUAUUCCACUGAGCCGAUUGGCCCCCAGACUGAGACGCAGUGUUGAAGGACUAAAUCUGGAGCUGGAGGGAGUCUUUGUGUCCGAAACAACAAAAGAACAGCACAAAAUUCUUGAGGUACCAGAUGGUCACAGAGCCCCCGUCCCAGCUCAGAGGUACAGCAGCGCUUCCCAGAGCGACCCUUCUCCUGCCCAGCUGUCCCCCUCACACUCUCCCUGCCCCAUCACAGACACCGAUAUGGUUGUGUGUGGGCCGCUCUGUCCGUCUUCCUCCCCUCCUCUAUGUAUUUGUGAGCCACCAUCAUCUUCUCCUCGUCCCAACAAGACGUACGUCUUUCAGAGAGAGCCUCCAGAGGGCUGUGAGAGAGUUCGUGUGUCUGAGGAGGCCAUCCUUCCCUGUCAUGGAAAUGCUCCUCUUCAGCCUUCCUGUCCUGACCCUAACAAGGUGAACUUCACACCUCACGGUGGCUCCGCCUUCUGUCCCGUCAGUCUCCUCAAGCCCCUCCUGCCGUCUAUGGACCUGUUAUUUCGUGGCCUGUCGGUUUCACCCGUCACUGGCUGUUCGGCUCAGAGUGCUGCCCCCUGCCAGACACCGGGACACACCGUGGGUGGUUAUUUGAGCGGCACCCUCCCAGACCCCACCAGCACCUCUCUGUGAAUGGAGCACAUUCAUGACGAGAAAAGAAAAACUAAAGAUGGUUGUGCCUUCGUCCCAUCUCAUCAGUAACUGUGACAUCAGAGCGUCUGAAAGAGAAGAAACCGCUCGUGCCAUCCACUCAGUGUCUGACUUGUUUUGAUCGACACAGAGAGGGUAAAAAUCAUGAUGGAAGAAGACAAUGGAGAACUUUUAUUCUUCUAAUACUCCGGUGGACUCUCUCCGAUCUGAUUUGUUGGCGACCUUUUGACCUCAGGACACUCCACUUGGCACUUGUGAUCAUUUCGUUUCACAUUAUAGCAUUUACCUAUUGCUAUAAUUUCUAUAAUUUCUACAAAACCAUACUGAUGCCUGUUCAUCGUCACGUGUAUGAAUGUGUAUGAAUAUAUUUUUAUCUCUGUCCGAAGAGUCAUUCUGAACAGAUUUUGUCUAUCAGACAGACUAUAAAACAUGUGUGUUAUAAGCCUGACCCACUCUGUGGUGAUAUUACAGUUGUGGUUCAGAAACCUCUGUUUCUUAAUCCAGUAUUCUCAGACACAGGUCUUUACUGCAUGCUGUGCUUUCUUUUUUUUACCAGCACAAAGAGGCAGUAAUAGACCAGAGAGUCUGUCAUCAGAGGGUGUUUUUGAAUCCUCUCAGCAUGUCUGUUCAGUUGUUCAAAAUAUAUACAUUUAGACGUUAAGUACAGCUCUGAUAUAAAGGUGUUUAAUGAAUGCCUCCAAAUGUUCAGCAAAAAGCUGUUAUCUAUAAUCUUACAAAGCUUGUCAAAAAAGUCCCAUCAUAUUUCACCACAAAUUUGUAUUGUGUCAUAAUCAUAGGACAAAGAAGGGGCCUAUUUUGUUACUGUAUUAAAGUAUAAAGUAAAAAAAAAAAAAAAAGUGUAUGUAUAAAAUGGGUACUAAGAUAGACCUUUUCUAUUUUAUCUUUUGAGUUUGGAUUGAAAUAUGACGGGGAUAAUUUCUUAAUAGAUUCUGUGAGAUUCACGCUCCAGAGAAACUGUUUACAGUUUUAACAUAAUGAGGGAAAGGAAAAGGCCAUUAGUGCUUGUUUAUUCUGAGGUCUUUGUGCAAUGUGGGCCGCUGACACUUAAACUUGGUGAAAGACAAGAAUACUGACAGGACCCCGACAAGGGUUUAUUUUGCUACACACUUGAUAUGAGUGCUGUAUGUUUUACUGAAUUUCACUUCAGACUUGACUACUCUUACCCACAGUUCAUUAGAGCACAGACUGGUUCUACAAACACUUCACAGAAGACACAAGCAAGUUUGCUGCAUUCAGGUACAAUAUGUGCAUAUCAUAAAGAAUGAGACUUCCAGCAAAUGAUUGUUUGCUGUCAAUUGAAGCACUGUUAUCAUCCCAUAUAUCUGCAUGGAUUGUGUCUCAGUCUUGGCAUCAUCUGUGCAGUUUUUUUUUUUAAGUUCUGACUUGUUAGCUUGUUCUGUAAGGGUGCUGUUUUCUUGACAUUGUUCUCAGUUGUUUGUCUCAAGUACAGUUAUUGUACACCAAUCCUGUUUUUGUCCUCUAUAUUGUACAUUUAUGUGACUCAGUUUUGGCUGCCAUAAAUGAGAAGUGCAGAGAAAUAA